GAUAUAGUGAAUGCAGGGUCCGGGGAGAGCGGAUAUAGGGAAUGCGGGGUCCGGGGAGAGCGGAUAUAGUGAAUGCGGGGUCCGGGGAGACCACGAUAUAGUGAAUGCGGGGUCCGGGGAGAGCAUAUAUAGUGAAUGCGGGGUCCGGGGAGAGCGGAUAUAGGGAAUGCAGGGUCCGGGGAGAGCGGAUAUAGUGAAUGCGGGGUCCGGGGAGAGCGGAUAUAGUGAAUGCGGGGUCCGGGGAGAGCGGAUAUAGUGAAUGCAGGGUCUGGGGAGAGCGGAUAUAGUGAAUGCGGGGUCCGGGG